CCGCGCGGCGGGCUUCCCCGCCCUCUCGGGAGCCCGCCCAGGCACGGUCCUGACCCUCGCGGGGACACGGCGGCAGGCAGCGCGGCCCCAGCCUCCCCAGCCUCCGCCGCCAUGCCCCGGGUGCUGGUGGUGGGCGCGGGGCUGACCGGAAGCGUGUGCGCCGCGCUGCUCAGGAGGCAGCUGGCCGGGCCCCUGGACCUCGCCCUGUGGGACAAGGCUGGGGACGCAGGGGGAAGAAUGACUACUGCCAAAAGUCCUCACGAUCCCCGAUGCACAGCUGACUUGGGAGCUCAGUAUAUCACCUGCACUCCUCAUUAUGCCAAGAAGCAUCAAAAAUUUUAUGAGGAGCUGUUAGCUCAUGGGAUUUUGGAGCCUCUGACCUCACCUAUUGAAGGAAUGCAAGUGAAAGAAGGGGAUUGCAACUUUGUGGCACCUCAAGGAAUUUCUUCAAUUAUUAAGCACUACUUGAAAGAAUCAGGUGCAGAAGUCUCCCUCAAACAGUGCGUGACCCAGAUCAACCUGAGAGAUAACAAGUGGGAGGUCUCCAAGGACACAGGCUCCCCUGAGCAGUUUGACCUGGUUGUCCUCACCAUGCCGGCUCCUCAGAUUCUGGGACUUCAAGGUGACAUCGUCAACUUAAUUAGUGAAGGCCAAAGGCAGCAACUGGCAUCUGUGAGCUACUCCUCUCGCUAUGCUCUGGGCCUCUUUUAUGAAGCAGGCAUGAAGAUUGAUGUCCCUUGGGCUGGCCGCUACAUCACCAGUAAUCCCUGCAUACGCUUCAUCUCCAUCGAUAAUAAGAAGCGCAAUCUAGAGUCAUCUGAAUUUGGUCCAUCCGUGGUGAUCCACACCACAGUCCCAUUUGGAGUGACACACUUGGAGCACAGUGAGGAGGAUGUGCAGGAGCUAAUCACCCAGCAGCUGGAGACCAUUCUGCCAGCUUUGCCUCAGCCUGUUGCUACCAAAUGCCAGAAGUGGAGAUAUUCACAGGUUACAAACUCAGCUGCCAACAGUCCUGGCCAGAUGACUCUUCAUCUCAACCCUUUCCUGGUGUGUGGAGGAGAUGGAUUUACUCACUCCAACUUCGAUGGCUGCAUUGCCUCUGCCCUGAGUGUCAUGGAAGCCUUAAAAAACGGGAUUUAGUGUCUGUGUUUUUGUUUUCUACAUUUACUUUGGGAUUCUUUGUUUUCACAGACCUCUGUUAUUAAUUAUUCUGUUUUCCUUUUUGUUGAGAGAAGUUACUUGGGAAAAUGUCUUUACUUACUGUCAUUUUUCAUAUGAAAUAUAAAAACAGUUAAAAUUUUGAUAGCUACCAUCCAUAGUAAAAUAAAAAUUUCUUAGACUUUA